UCCAUUACUGUCUUCUCUUUCUCCGCCUCUCUGCAACAAUACUGAGCGCAUGGCUUCUUCCCCAUCCGCCAAUGGGGUUCUCAUUUUCUUCCUUCUGCUUUCAGCACCGGUGUGUCUCUCCUUGAACAACACGACGGCCUCCUUACAGUCACAUUGCCCGAGGUCUAAGACCCCCCGCCGGGGCUCGCCGGCGGGGAGCUCUUUUGUCCCCUCGACCUCCUUCCUCUCCACUCUGCAUUCCACCCUCGAUGAGAUCAAGAAGGUCGUGUCGCUCGUGUCCACCUUCUCCAGCUCUCUCGACUGCAAUCUUCGCGUCUCCUCCGCCGUCAGCGACUGCAUCGAGCUCCUUGACCUCUCCUCCGACGAGCUCACCUGGACCCUGUCCGAUUCACAGUCCAACAAUGCCUCCACCGAGGGCACCGGCGGAAACCACCUCUCCGACCUCCACACCUGGAUGAGCGCCGCCCUUGGGAACCAGGACACCUGCAAGGAUGGCCUCGGCGGGACCGGCGGCUUCGUCGAGUCACUCAUCGCCAAGGGCCUCGACAAAGUCAACUCCCUCGUCGCCGACGGACUCCGCGAGAUCGCCGCCGCGGCGGUCGAAAAUGCAGGCGAAAAGGGCGGGCGUAGGAGGCUGAUGGGCUUCCCGGAGUGGGUCUCGGCGGGGGACCGGAAGCUGCUGCAGGCCCAACCGGCGGCGGUGGCGAACGCGGUGGUGGCGCAGGACGGGAGCGGAAACUACACGACCGUGGAGGCAGCCGUGGCAGCGGCCCCAGCGGAGAGUCCCCGGAGGUACGUGAUAUACGUGAAGAAGGGGGUGUACAAGGAGAACGUGGAGGUCAAGAAGAAGAAGUGGAACCUGAUGCUCGUCGGCGACGGCAUGGGCCAGACCGUCAUCUCCGGCAGCCGUAGCUACGUCGACGGCUGGACCACCUACCGCAGCGCCACCUUCGCUGUCGCCGGCAAGGGGUUCAUAGCUCGGGAACUAACGAUCGAGAACACGGCGGGGCCGCAGAAGCACCAGGCAGUGGCGCUCCGCUCCGAUUCCGACCUCUCCGUCUUCUACCGCUGCGGCUUCUCCGGAUACCAGGACACGCUGUACGCCCACUCCCUCCGGCAAUUCUACCGCGAGUGCCGCAUCGCCGGCACCGUCGACUUCAUCUUCGGCAACGCCGCGGCGGUCUUCCAGAACUGCCAGGUCUUCCCCCGCCGAGCCCUCCCGGGCCAGAAGAACUCGGUGACGGCGCAGGGCCGCAAGGAUCCCAACCAGAACACCGGCUUCUCCUUGCAGUUCUGCAACGUCUCGGCCGACGCCGACCUCCACGGCUCCGCCAACUCUACCGCCACGUACCUCGGUCGGCCGUGGAAGGCGUACUCCCGGGCCGUCUUCAUGCAGUCGUACUUGGGGUCGGUCAUCCGGCCGGAGGGGUGGCUGGAGUGGGACGGCACCUUUGCCCUGAGCACGCUGUACUACGCGGAGUACAUGAACUACGGGCCAGGGUCGGGGUUGGGGGGGCGAGUGAAGUGGCCGGGGUACCACGCGCUCAGCGACGCCACCAUGGCUGCUAACUUCACGGUGGCUCGGUUCAUAGAUGGGAACUCGUGGCUGCCGUCGACCGGAGUGAAGUACAUAGCUGGAUUGACGGUAUAGAAACGAAGGCGGCAAUCGUUUUGAUUCGUGUUGGGUUGUUCCUUGCUUUAUGAUUUGUGCUGCUUGAUCUGCAUGUUACUGUUGAAUGAUUAAUUCUUCCUUUCUAAUAUGUAGUAGUUUGAAAAUA